AUGGAUCCUCCGACACCUCAUGGCGGCGUAGAAGAACGCUCCACGAAGGACGACGAUGCUGUCAAGUCCAUCGCCAAAGUCCCAAGUAACACCUGCGGUUCUGUCUUGGAGACCGAUGAACAGCCUCAGAGCGAUAUUGACACGAAUGUGAAAGUCAUUGACGAGGCUAUUGAAGCCAUUGGCUUCGGCAAGUUUCAGUGGCAACUUACACUGUCGUGCGGAUUUGGUUUCCUGGCUGACCAGAUGCUCCUCGUCUCCAUCUCCCUUGUCGGACCGCAACUAAUCCCCGAAUUCGCACCAACAUAUCCCACCCUACUGCCGGCCGCUAACUACGGCGGCCUACUUGCCGGUGCAGUGAUUAUGGGCUUAUUAGCAGAUAACAUUGGAAGACGUCUGAUCUGGCAGCUCUCGAUCUUUGGCAUAUCAAUUAGCACCAUGCUCGCCGCUUCUUCGCCUAACUGGGCAGCUAUCAACUCAUGGGUUGCAAUCUGUGGAUUCUUUGGUGGAGGCAAUCUCGCCAUUGAUCUUACUAUCCUCGCUGAAAACAUCUCACAGCGGUGGUCCUUCAUGCUCGCAGGCUUGGCUUGUGUCUGGGGCUUGGGCAACGCAAUUACGGGCUUCAUCGGCUGGGCUCUCCUUGUCCCGUUCGGUUGCCCUCAAGAAGCUACACCCUCAACCUGCCCGAAGUCCGAGAACAUGGGAUGGCGCUACCUCUAUAUAACUCUCGGCGGGCUCUGUCUCGUAAUGUCCAUCAUACGCGCUUUUGUGAUCCGGACGCACGAGUCUCCACGCUGGCUUGUGAGCUGUGGUCGCGUCGACGAGGCGGUUGGGGUGUUGAAUCGUAUCAGCGCAAUGAACAAGUCAGACUUCAACGUUUCCGCGAACCAGUUCAUCAGGACCACUGCUACUGAAAGUCCACCCAGAUCUACAUCAGUGGCCGAAAACAUGCGCAGGGCGUCGCGACUGUUUUCCGGAAAAUCGCAGAUCCGCUUAAUGAUUUGCCUGACUCUUUUAUGGAUGUUGGUCGGCAUAGCAUACCCUCUUUUCACUCUCUUUCUCCCAUACUAUCUUCGAGCUCAUGGCGCGGACCUGGGAGACACAAGCAACUACACGACGUACAGAGACUGGACUAUCACAUCUGUCGUGGGCAUCUUCGGACCUGCCCUAAGCAUGUACAUGGUCUCGCACAGGCAUAUUCGCAGCAAAAGGUCCCUCAUCCUCACGGGGGCAGCUUGCACCGCCUUCUCUGCUGCUUUCACGUCUGUCAAGAGCCAGGCGCAGAAUCUCGCCUUCUCAUCAAUGGUCAGCUUCUGGUUGAAUGCCAUGUAUGCUGUUAUUUACUCAUGGAACCCCGACCCAGCAAUCCUCCGUGUUGAGGACACCUACUACAUGGCCGUCUCAUCCUUCACCUACUUCCCCGGCGUGCCCAUCUACAAGUCCAAAGACCUAGCAAACUGGGAACUCAUCUCCCACGCUCUCAAAACCCCGGAACACCUCCCCAUCUACGGCAUCUCUCACGGCGAGGGCGUCUGGGCACCCUCCUUCUCCUACCACGAUGGCCUCUUCUACAUCACCUCCAUGACCCGCUGGGGCUCCGACCCGGGCUGGCGCUCCUGGCCUCGCAUCUGGUACAUCUCCUCCCCGGACCUGAUCACCUGGUCCGACUUCACCUGGGCGGAGCCCUACGGCAUCGACCCGGACAUCUUCCACGACGUCGACUCGGGCAAGACGUACCUCAACCUCAUGGGCGUGAACAACAACUACGAGCGCUACUGGGGCAUCACGCAGUGCGAGAUCGACCUGGCCAGCGGCAGGUGCGUCGGCCCGUACCGCAACAUCUGGAACGGCACGCUCCCCAACGUCCCCAGCGCGCGCCCCGAGGGCCCCAAGAUGUUCAAGCGCGGCGACUUCUACUACCUCCUCAUCGCCGAGGGCGGGACGAGCACGGGUCACCGCGCGACGAUCGCGCGGUCCGCGUCGCCCGAGGGGCCGUGGGAGGCGGCGCCGAACAACCCGCUCAUCUACAACGGCGCCGACCAGAACCUCACGAUCCAGUCCACGGGCCACGCCACCUUCACCGACACGCCGGACGGGGAGUGGUACGCCUCGCUGCUCGCGCGGAGGAACGUCAACGGCAGGUCGGUGCUCGGUCGCGAGGCGUUCCUGGUCAAGGUGGAGUGGGAGGACGGCUGGCCGACGAUGAACGGCGGGGAGCCUUUGCUGAUCAGCCAGAGCAUCGAGGGGCCGGACCAGGAACUUCCCAAGCCGAAGUGGACGGACCGUUUCGAGGGUUCCGAGCUGGGUCUGAGUUGGUACCAGGUCCGGACGCCGUAUGUCAAGGACUACCGGCUCGGAAGUUCGGCGGCGGCUCUCAACAAAAGGGUCGUGGCGAACCAGACCGGCGGUCUCUUGUUCAACCCCAACGUCUUCACGCUCGGCGACCGCGACACGCCGGCCGCCGUCUUCCACAAGCAGACGUCGUUGAACAUGACAUUCUCCGCGACGCUGUUGCCGACUGAUAAGGGGCUAGGCCCGAGGCAGUCGGUCGGAAUUGCCUCAUACCUGAGCGACGUCAACCACCAGGAUAUCGGUGUCAGGGGCUGUUGGAAUACGACUGGUCUGUGUUUGUACGUGGACCUCCUACCGACGUCAGCCGGAGCGGACACGCGACCGAAUUCAACCGAGUAUGCCCUGAGCGAAGCGACGAUCCCCGCAGACCUCACGCUUCACAUCCGCGCCGCGCCGCAGACGUACUCGCUGGGAUACUCCCGGGGCAACUCGACGUCCCCGACGUGGGUGAAGGAGUUCAGUUCGAGGCAGAUGAGCGCGAACCCGGGAUAUCCCAACUUCGAGGGGUCCAUGUUUGCGCUGUUCGCGAGCGGGAACGGGGAGCCGUGGCCGUUCGAUGCGCCCGAUGUUGGGUUCAGCAGUGUGGAGGAGGUGUAUUACGAGGAGAACCUGCCUGAUUACGGCAGCUGA